ACAGAUGUAUUAUACGUUUACUCUAAUUUCUAUCGAUCUUAUCUGGUUUUACUCACUCAGAUAUUCACAAUCACAAAACCAUGAGAUCAUCAGAUAACCUCUGGACCAGAAAGCCAGAAGCCAAAACCGGCAAAUCUGAGUUUCCGGUUAUCAGAUUCAUCCGUAGAUACAUGGAGAACAUCAAGGACAAAGCCGGAGGUCCUGGAGUCGGCGGCGGAAUAGGCUGCGGCGCUGGACUCGGCUUCGGACUCGCGGGAGGGCUCGGGUUAGUCACUUCUGAAGGGAUUAACUAUUCCAAUGUGGUUUUUGGCAUCGGUGUGGGUUGCGGUAUUGGGGUUGGGUUUGGGUACGGGUUUGGAGUUGGUGGCGGGUUCAAUUUCGAUGACAUUGGAGAUAAAUUGACCUAUGGGAGGGAAUAGCUCUGGUUAAGAUUCCGUGUCGGGUACAGAUUCGUAAUGUAAUAUUAUUGUAACAUUACUCUGCCUUUUUUGUCUUAAUGAGUUCUUACUUGUUUGAAUUUUCUUGCA